AUGGAACCUACUUUGGACUAUAACACCACGACCAACGCCUCCAUCGACAAGUGGUCCCUCAACGGGCAGCCUUCCAGUCCACACGAAGACCUGCGCGUCAUCGUCCCCUCCGUUUUGGGCGUCAUCUGCGCUUUAGGUGUGGCUUGCAACCUCACGGCUAUGUUCGUGCUUCUGUCCAAUGCGCACAAGGGCAAACUGUCUCUCAUCAACUCCCUCAUUUUCAACCUGAUGUUCGCAGACGGGCUGGUUUUGCUGUUUUCUGUCCCGUUCAAAGCGGCGUCCUUCUCCAAAGCGAGCUGGACUCUCGGUAGGGUCGUGUGCAAGACCUCCGCCUGGUUCCUCCACACUUGCAUGGCAGCCAAAAGCUUCACCGUCGCCGUUAUGGCUAAAGCGUGCUACAGAUACGUCUCCAAUCCCACCAAACAAGUCAGUAUCCACCUGGGCUCCAUUGUAGUGGUGCUUUUCUUCAUCUGGUUGUCUUCUUGUUGCGUCACCAUCCCGCAAUGGCUGUUCGCGGUUCUCCAAAACGGUUGCAACUUCAUCGUUCCCCCCGAAGCCAGAGAAUUCAUGUCGGUCUAUGUGAAAGCGUACCCCUUGAGCGUCUACUGCGCCCCUCUGAGUGUCGCGUUGAUGUACUUUUGGAAGGCGUACGGACAAUGCCAACGACGUUCAAGCAAAACGCAAAAUCUCCGAACCCAAAUCAGGUCGAGGAAGCUGACUUUGAUGCUUUUUAGUCUGACCGUCGCGAUGGCGAUCUUAUGGCUUCCCCAGUGGGUUGUGUGGAUUUGGGAGAGACACCUCGCGGAAAAACAUCUCGAAAAUCACUUAUUCCCAUCUCCACCUUUGCUGCUCAUUAUCUCAGCUCAACUACUCACCUUCUCCAUGUCUCUGGUGAACCCUCUUAUCGUUUUGUCGUUGUCUGAGGAAUUCCGGGAGGGCUACAGGGGUCUGUGGCGACGCCUUACCCUCAGAAAACAACCACCGCCAAAAGCCAAACCGGGACCGCACAACCCCACCUCCCUGCGAUCCCCGAGCCCGAGACCGGAGGUGUCAGUUGAGUCUUCGAGGGACAGAAGUUUGAGCCAAAGCCUUUCUCAAGACCAGUUUGAUCAGAAAAAGGCGAAAGAGGAAGAAGGGAUAGUGCUGCCGGACGUGGAACAGUUUUGGCACGAGAGAGAGGGCGGAUCGCAGACGGCGGAGAACGACCCCAUCCCGUGGGAGCAUCAGGAUAACAAGUAG